AUGACCAGCCCUGUACCCAACCCCCAACCUGGAGGACCAGAUGUAUAUUGUGCUGCACAGACCAUCCCAAACGGUGAAGUGAGUGGUUACGGGGACGUAGUUUUCUUCAGGUGUCACCCAGGAUACAAAUUGGUCGGCGAGUCAACUCUAACCUGUCAGGAUAACGGAACCUGGAGUGGAAGUUUACCCACAUGCGCAGCAUGUGCGGUAAACGGAGGCACCUGCUCGGCAUGGGGAGAUCCACACUACACGACGUUCGACGGAAGGAAGUAUGAUUUCCAAGGCCCGUGCAGAUAUACGUUCGCCAAAGACUGUGGACACGGCGACUUUACUGUGGAGACAAAAAACGAACCCCUAACCGGGAAUCCAUCUGUUUCUGUAACUCGUGAGGUCUACGUGAUGGCGUUCGGGAUCGAAAUCGAAAUUCUUCAAGGCAGAGUUGUAAAGAUGAAUGGAGAAACCACAUCGCUUCCCUACCACAAACCAGGAGGCAAGAUCGAUAUCUACCUGACUGGAACUGAUGUCCGAGUACGGCUUGUCGACUCGUGCGUGGAGGUAUCCUUUGACGGGAGUCACAUAGUCAGGGUGGAUGUUCCACGAAGUUACAUGAACAAUACGUGUGGACUUUGCGGUAACUUCAACGAUGACCCAUCCGAUGACCUGAAUGGAGAGAGCGGGACCGUUUUCGGUAAUACACAUCAGACCAACACGAUGAAUUGUUCUGGAGGCCCAACAGGUCCCCCUCCCCCUUGUCCCCCGGAAUUGGAGAGUCAGGUGAUGGCGGAUGACAAGUGCGGCGUGAUAAAAGAUGUGAACGGCCCGUUUGCUGCUUGCCAAGGCGUUGUGGAUCCCGUGGGUUACUUUGAGGACUGCGUCUUUGACAUGUGUGCAUGGGACGGAACUGACGGGCUGUGUCAGAACCUGAAGGCAUACGCUGACGCCUGUGUGGCAGCCGGCGUGCAGUCCGAGUCGAUCAGCUGGCGAACUGCAGAACGUUGUCCGUUGGCGUGCCCAGCAAACAGCGCCUACUCGUCAUGUACAAGUGCCUGCCCUGCGACUUGCGUGAACCCCAGCGCCCCAGACAACUGUAACCUCCCCUGUGUGGAAGGCUGCGGGUGUAAUGUAGGAUACGUACAGAUUGGACUGGACUGUGUCCGUCAAGCGGACUGUGGCUGCACUGAUCAAGACGGAUACUACCAUACUCUUGGGGCAGUAUGGGAAGGUGAUGGUGAGGAAUGUGAAUGCCAAGCAGGAAACACGAUCUUCUGUAAAGCGGUUCAAUGUCAGACUCUAACGGCCCCAACUAACGGUGCCCUCAGUACCACAGCGACUUCCUACCAGACCGUAGUCACCUUCUCCUGUAACUCGGGAUAUCAACUGAACGGGGCUACUGAUGCGACGUGCCAAGCUGACGGAACAUGGAGUAAUUCUGAUCCAACAUGUGAACCGGUUCAAUGUCCGGCUCGGACGGCCCCAACUUACGGAGCGGUGAGUCCUACCGGAGCGGUCUCUUACCCGAAUGGGGUCACCUUCACCUGUAACUCGGGAUACGAACUGGACGGAGCUGCUGCUGCAACGUGCCAAGCUGACGGAACAUGGAGUAUCCCUGUGCCAACAUGCACACCGGUUCCAUGUCCGACUCUUACGGCCCCAACUAAUGGAGCUCUAAGUCCUCUCGGACCAUACGCCUAUCCUGACGGGGUCACCUUCACCUGUAACUCGGGAUAUCAACUGAACGGCUUUGCUGCUGCCGCGUGCCUAGCUGACGGAACAUGGAGUAAUCCUGUUCCAACAUGCACGCCGGUUCCGUGUCCGACUCUUACGGCCCCAACUAAUGGAGCUCUAAGUCCUCUCGGACCAUACGCCUAUCCUGACGGGGUCACCUUCACCUGUAACUCGGGGUAUCAACUGAACGGGGCUACUGAUGCGACGUGCCAAGCUGACGGAACAUGGAGUAAUUCUGUUCCAACAUGUGAACCGGUUCAAUGUCCGGCUCGGACGGCCCCAACUUACGGAGCGGUGAGUCCUACCGGAGCGGUCUCCUACCCGAACGGGGUCACCUUCACCUGUAACUCGGGAUACGUGCUAAACGGCGCUGCUGCUGCCACGUGCCAAGCUGACGGAACAUGGAGUAUCCCUGUUCCAACAUGUGAACUCCUACCGGAGCGGUCUCUUACCCGAAUGGGGUCACCUUCACCUGUAACUCGGGAUACGAACUGGACGGAGCUGCUGCUGCGACGUGCCAAGCUGACGGAACAUGGAGUAUCCCUGUGCCAACAUGCACACUGUCCGACUCUUACGGCCCCAACUAAUGGAGCUCUAAGUCCUCUCGGACCAUACGCCUAUCCUGACGGGGUCACCUUCACAUGUAACUCGGGGUAUCAACUGAACGGCUUUGCUGCUACCGCGUGCCUAGCUGACGGAACAUGGAGUAAUCCUGUUCCAACAUGCACACCGGUUCAAUGUCCGGCUCGGACGGCCCCAACUAACGGAGCGGUGAGUCCUACCGGAGCGGUCUCAUACCCGAACGGGGUCACCUUCGCCUGUAACUCGGGAUACGUGCUGAACGGAGCUGCUGCUGCCACGUGCCAAGCUGACGGAACAUGGAGUAUCCCUGUGCCAACAUGCACACGUAACUGUGUGAUUUCAUCGGUUCAGUGUCCGACUCUUACGGCCCCAACUAAUGGAGCUCUAAGUCCUCUCGGACCAUACGCCUAUCCAGACGGGGUCACCUUCACCUGUAACUCGGGAUAUCAACUGAACGGGGCUACUGAUGCGACGUGCGAAGCUGACGGAACAUGGAGUAAUUCUGUUCCAACAUGUGAACCGGUUCAAUGUCCGGCUCGGACGGCCCCAACUAACGGAGCGGUGAGUCCUACCGGAGCGGUCUCCUACCCGAACGGGGUCACCUUCACCUGUAACUCGGGAUACGUGCUGAACGGAGCUGCUGCUGCGACGUGCCAAGCUGACGGAACAUGGAGUAUCCCUGUGCCAACAUGCACACCGGUUCAGUGUCCGACUCUUACGGCCCCAACUAAUGGAGCUCUAAGUCCUCUCGGACCAUACGUCUAUCCAGACGGGGUCACCUUCACCUGUGACACGGGAUAUCAACUACACGGCUUUGCUGCUGCCGUGUGCCAAGCUGACGGAACUUGGAGUAGUCCUGUUCCAACAUGCACACGGUGUCCAAUAGCAGACUACGUCCGUUUUAACGGAGUUUGCUACAAGGACUAUGCUGAGCUCAUGACAUACGAUGAGGCUAGACAGACUUGUGCCGCAGACGGGGGACUGCUGGCCAUGCCGAGGGACAACGCGACCAACACUUUCAUCCACGAUCUGGGAGGAGCUGGAAUACGCUGGAUUGGGCUGACUGACACUGCGAGUGAAGGCCAGUUCGUGUAUGAAGACGGCCAAAGUCUUGAGUCUUCCGGCUAUUCUAACUGGUAUCCACGUGAGCCUAACGAUGCUCACGAUGGCGAAGACUGUGUCCUAAUUUUUGAUUCCGCGCACGGCUGGAUUGAUGCAGGUUGCAGCCUCGCCAGGGGAUUCAUCUGCCAGCUAGGUUGCUCCGACCUCUACCCUGGCCUGCGCCCUGCCAGGACUUUUGGCAGAUACCAGAACCAGUGCUUCUGGUCCUCCACAAGGGGCAAUCAACGGCUGAACUACAGGGCAGCCCUGCAGGUGUGCAAGUCCCAUGGCGGGACACUGGCUAUGAUAAAAAAUGCCGGUGUGCAAACAUUCCUCACAGAGCACCUGAAUAGAGUUAGCGGUCGUAGAGCUCAGAGGAACUACUGGAUUGGCCUGGAUGACCUGGACAUGGAGCGUAGCUUCGUGUGGAAUGAUGGAACCCCGCUGGGAAGCUAUCGCAAGUUCCGGUCCAGGGCCCCGCACAAAAGCAGGGACUGUAUGGUACUGUGGAGGACCAACAAACUGACUCGCUGGAUCCUGCAGAACUGUCGGGACCGGCUUCCCUACAUCUGUCAGAUGGACUAUAACGUGGGCAAGUGA